GGGGAGGUAAAAGCAACAUGCGCGAAAGCUUCGCGCUAAUUCCAUCCCCAUGUGCUGCGAAAUCUACGGCAGAAGUUCAACCCUCGCCGUCGAAUCGGAGUCUCGUUUUUACCCCGUACAGAACAUCAUCAUGAGAUACUUCUUCGCUGCGAUCCAUGUCUUCCUUAUCAUCCUUAAUACAUAUUCCGUCCAAUCCACGCAAAAUUUAUCAUGUUACCAAUGCAUACGUACAACGAAUGUGGAAUGCUUACCAGAAGAUCUCCGUCCUUGUCCAUCGAACUCGGAUAGAUGUGUCACUCAUAUCAUGAAACAGA